AUGGAUGGCCGAUCCACCAUUCCGCGAAUCCCUUGGCCGGGGCAAGGCCGUGUCUCAUUCCAUCGGUGGAUAUUCAGCAACUCCCACCACCGAGGCUGCAGCCGCGGCCCAAUAAUGGAUCUGCGAAAGCGAAAUCAAAUCGGGCCAGAUACAAAUCAGGUCUGCCCACCGGACUCCACACCACACACCAAUGCCGUUGGUAAGAAUUUCAGGAACCUGUUCCCCGGCGCCGGCCCCUGGACUAGUGGACACCGACAGCCAGGCUUUCGCGCAUCAUCGUCCCGACAACUGGAGGACGAGAGCGCGAUCCGGCCCCGCCGAACAUCCAACACGGUCUCGAAUUUGUGUAUCGAUGUCGGUGAGGACGAGCUUCAACGAGCCAUCUUCACCGCUUCAUGA